AUGUGGUUAGUUGCGAAAAACAGUUCCCUGCUGUCGCCUGAUCUGACGCUAAUCAUUUUGCAUAUUGCCUUAAGAAAUUUAAGGGUGUUGGGGUCCAUCGGGCCGAGAACCUCGAUACAUAUUGGCAAGAAUUCCAUCGAGGGGAGGGCGUUCCCAUAUUUUUUCAUUUUCUCGUCCGCUGCCCUGGCCGCGGCCAAACCGCAUUCUUUACUUGUCAGGUUUACGUAUCGUUCGGCGAGGGUGCCAGGGACCGUAACAUCCCACGCCAAACAUCCGUCGGCUCUCCAAGGUAUUAGUGUGCAUCCGUCCGGGCGCCUACCAUCAUGCGCAGAAAUGCCGGAUGGUUCCUUGAGAACCGGGAUUGAAGCCUUGGGGAAGAGCCGACAAAUCAUCAACAACAACUACAUCAACAACAACAGCAACAAAAACAACAUCAACAAAAACAUCAUUAGCAACAGCACCAACAACUACAACAACAACAUCAAUAACAGUUAA